AAAUCCUGUUGGUCUGCUGUGCACAGGCAGACGCCGGCGACUGAUGCUUCUUCCUCAUCCUGUCCUGUGCCGUAGUAUGAAUGGCGUAGCGCCCAAGCUGUCCCUGAUCUUCUUCACCAUGACCAGGCCAUGUUGGGCAGCACAAACACGUGCGGCGACUCGGGCGUGGGCGGAUUCCGUGCUCACGUCGUCCGCUCGGUUGGUACGCGCCUUGUGGUGGAAUUCUUCUGCGGCCGAAGUUGCCUCUGGCGAACAACAGUGGGUUUCUCGUGUCGCUCUACUGAAGCUCUGCCUCCCGAUAGGCCAGGCGGUGGGCAGCCGUGAGACUCUGGUACGCCGUGAGUGGAUGUCAUGGCAGCCAGACUAGACAUAGGUUGUGACUCUCCCAACUACUCGAUUUCUUUCGCUUGCGUUACCGCUGAUGAGGGUGGAUGGCGGUAUCACCUUCUGCCGGCAUGUAUGGAGGAUUCGCACACUGCUGCUACACGAUUAACCAGCAAGCGAAGUUUGUAGCACGUUGCUGAUAGGACCCCAUUAAUAGAUUCAGACGUUUCCGUGUUUCGGUCGGCGCCA